GGGAUCAGCCAGCGUUCGUUCAGUAUCAUUUGGUGAUCAUGUUGACGUGGUUGUACACCCUCAUCAGUCUGUGUGAAACUCAUAGACAGAAAUGAGUGAAGAUCAGCCACGGAUUCAGAUGGACCUGGCUUUUGGUUCAGCAAAACCCUAUGGUUCCUCUAGAAGUAUUGUCAGGAGAAUAGCAGCUAGUCUUCCCAUUAAACCAUGUUCCAGGGUUCAUUUUCAGCUUUUCCCGUACAACGAGGACUCUGGUGUCCUUAUCGGCACCAGGAAGCAAGUGGGCCUGGUGGCCUCACUUGCUGAUAUUGCUUGGAUUGACAGAGAUGAAGAGGAUGAUGAUGAUGAUGAUUACCUUGGCAGACCCCGGUCAGGGAUCCCACCGGGGCUCGUGUUUCGUGCCCAAAGGCUCCAUCCUGGGAGACAACCCCUCACUCGUCAGAGCUCACUACCCAGCCUGCAUCAGGGAGCUUCAGACCCGCAGGGGGCAUCAACGGCGAACGAUGAGGCAAUCCAGAAAAUCAGCGCUCUGGAGACGGAACUGCUCAAACUUCGAGCCCAGAUAGCUCAGAUUGUCCUGGCUCAGGAAAAAACUGCACAGUCAGCUGCUGCUACAGGGGCUCCUCCUCCACCUUCUGGUACUCUUCCUCCUCCUCCCCCACCCCCUCCUCCUCCUCCUCCUCUACCACCACCAGGAUUACAGAGGACAUUUUCAGCCAUUGAUUUGAUAAAAGAGCGCAAAGGAAGGAAGACGACUGAUCCGGCAGCUCUGGACUCAAGGACGACAGAAAUCCCCAGCAUGCUUGAAAUCUUAAAGGACAUCAACAAAGUGAAGCUGCGCUCUGUAAAAAGUCGUCCGGGGGAAUACGAGGUCAAGGCGAAGUCACAGGAGCCGGUAGACGCUGCGGCUCUCAUCGCUGAAGCCCUGAAGCGCAAGUUCGCUCAUCGCUAUCAGCAAGGCAGUGGACAGGAAGACCAGGAAGAUUUCAGACUUCCUGUCCCAGAGGUUAAACCUCAACCUGAACCCCCUCUGUUUGGGCAGCACAUGUUGAAACAAACUGGAAAGAGAAAGUUUCUCUGA